CUCCCUUGGACGAGCAGCUGGCUUUGUCUCUGCUUGUUUAUUGUCUUCCUUAUUUUUCUUUUUUCCGCACCCCUAUUUGGAUUUUUAUUUUCUAAGAAGGCGUCUUUCCGCUGGUCAAAGAAUGAUUCGUGCUUCCUUGCUAAGUAGAAUGGAGUUAAUUGACGUAGCGGAGCGGCCUAUGAAGGUCACAGAGUGGCAGAAAACUUACACCUACGAUUCUGGGAUCAACUCUGGCAUGAACACCUCUGCACCAUCGCUGAAUGGCAAGACCGUGCUGUUGGAGGAUGACGACAUGGGCUACACUAAACAGUACACAACUGUGAAGACCACCACCUAUACACAGCAACAAGCACCAGAUAUGGAGUCUCAGCUUGCCAUGACACGAGCCCAGCGUGUUCGUGCAGCAAUGUAUCCAGAAACGGUGGAAGGACACAUCUUACCCUAUUGUCAACACAAUUUGAUGGACAACAGACCAAUGUGCAAAAAACUUGCAGAGCCCUCACAAAUGCUGAAAUCUGCGUUUGUCCACCUCAUCAAUUACCAAGAUGAUGCUGAACUGGCCACCCGUGCUAUCCCUGAAUUGACUAAACUCCUGAAUGAUGAGGAUCCGGUGGUAGUGAACAAGGCUAUGAUCGUUAACCAGCUCUCCAAAAAGGAAGUCCGUAGAGCGUUGAUGCAGUCCCCGCAAAUCGUUGCAGCUGUUGUGCGUACCAUGCAGAGCACAAGUGACAUGGAAACUGCCCGCUGUACCACUAGCAUUUUGCACAACUUGUCCCACCAUCGAGAAGGGCUCCUGUCCAUUUUCAAGUCUGGAGGAAUUCCUGCUCUCGUUCGUAUGCUUAGCUCUCCAGUGGAAUCUGUGCUAUUUUACGCAAUCACAACUCUACACAAUCUCUGCUGUACCAGGAAGUGCCAGAUGGCUGUGCGCUUGGCCGAUGGACUGCAGAAAAUGGUGCCACUGCUUAACAAGAAUAACGCCAAAUUUUUGGCCAUUACAACAGACUGUCUGCAGCUCUUGGCAUAUGGCAAUCAGGAGAGCAAGCUCAUCAUCCUGGCCAAUGGAGGACCUCAAGGUCUAGUGCACAUUAUGAGGACCUACAACUACGAGAAGCUUUUGUGGACCACCAGCAGGGUGCUGAAAGUCCUGUCUGUGUGCCCCAGCAACAAGCCAGCCAUAGUUGAUGCUGGAGGAAUGCAGGCUCUGGGAAAACAUCUCACUAGCUCCAGCCCUAGGCUUGUACAGAACUGCUUGUGGAUAAGAAACUUGUCUGAUGUCGCCACUAAACAGGAGGGCCUGGACAAUGUGCUGAAGAUUCUGGUCAACCAGCUGAGCUCAGAUGAUGUCAACGUCCUGACCUGUGCAACUGGCACUCUGUCCAACCUGACCUGCAACAACAGCCGCAACAAAACUCUGGUGACCCAAAGCAAUGGGGUAGAGUCGCUGAUCAGCACCAUCCUGCGGGCAGGUGACAAGGACGACAUUGCUGAACCUGCCGUCUGCGCUCUACGGCAUCUCACCAGCCGUCACCCUGACGCAGAGGUGGCUCAGAACUCAGUGCGACUUCACUAUGGCAUCCCGGCCAUCGUCAAACUGAUCGGCCAACCUUUCCAGUGGCCGCUGGUCAAGGCAACCAUUGGCUUGAUCAGAAACCUGGCACUGUGCCCUGCCAAUCACGCCCCACUUCAUGAUGCUGGGGUCAUUCCUCGUCUGGUGCAGUUGCUGGUUAAAGCUCACCAAGAUGCCCAGAGACACGCAGCUUCAGGAACCCAGCAGCCAUACACGGAUGGUGUCAGAAUGGAGGAGAUUGUGGAAGGCUGCACCGGAGCCCUGCACAUCCUGGCCCGAGAGCCCAUGAAUCGCAUGGAAAUCUACAGGCUCAACACCAUUCCCUUGUUUGUACAGCUCCUGUACUCUCCAGUGGAGAACAUUCAGAGAGUGGCGGCAGGAGUGCUGUGUGAGCUGGCACAGGACAAAGAGGCGGCGGAGACCAUAGAUGCUGAGGGAGCCUCUGCUCCGCUUAUGGAGCUCCUGCAUUCCCGCAAUGAGGGCACGGCCACCUAUGCUGCCGCUGUCCUGUUCCGUAUCUCCGAGGACAAGAACCCUGAUUACAGGAAGCGAGUGUCUGUGGAGCUAACUAAUGCAAUCUUCCGCCAGGACCCCGCAGCCUGGGAGGCGGCUCAAAGCAUGAUCCCCAUUGGAGAUCCUUAUCCAGACGAAAUGGAGAAUUAUCGUGGCAUGUACAAUGAGGAUAUUCCACCAGACCAUAUGGGUGACCUUGACCCUGAAUAUGGAAUGGAUGGCUACAGUGACCAUGGAGGCAGAAUGGUAUACAGUGAUAACAUCUGUCCUGAAUCCAUCCGUCAAGCUCCUCACUGUGGAAGAAUACAAUCCAGACAGAAGUGCCUAACAAAUCCACUGUCCGCACCUCGACUUACCCCUACAUCUCCCUUUUAAAAGAAGCUUUUAUUUGAUAAACUUUUGCAUGGGGUCAUUUUUUUUUUUUUUUUUUUUUUUCAUUUUAUAUCUUCUGUAUGGGAAUUUGCUUUAGGAUGCAGUCUAUUAACCCCUUGUCUCUUGGGCGUCGAGUUUAAUGCACUGCUCUGCUCCAUGCUACUUUUAAUUCUUUCAUGUUUGCCUUGACUUUGAGUUUUUGUUUCUAGAGAUUUAUAAAUACAUAAUUUUUAUUUUUAUUAGUAAUUUUAAUACGCAAGAAGCUUCUACACGCAGUUUUAUUUUUGCAGUAUACCGCCAACUAUUUAGGAGCUGUAUUAAGAGGUUUUUUAAUUUGCCUAGUUACCCAUCUACUAUAGUGCUUCAUGCCCUGAGUAGUGGCACGUAUAAGACUAAUUAAUGUUCCUCUUGUCUAUAGACAGCCAUGCACUGUCACCAAUGUCACUACAGUGAUUGAGGAUUUUGUUAUUACUAUAUUUUUUUAUUACUCUGUGGUAAUCUGCUUUUUGUGAAUAAAAUCCCACCAAAAAUGAAGUUCGAAUUUGUGGUUUUCUGUUGAUUUUGUCUGCAGGCUUUUCUAUUUGGAGGACCCAUCAUUACACCAUGUGAACAUUUUGUGGGGGGGGGGGAGAAUCAUUUGAAUCCAUUUCUAUAAUUUUUUUUUUAAUCUAUAAAUCGAACUAUUUUUAGAAAUCCAGAAUAUCUCAAUCACAUUCAUGUUGCUUGAUGGUUUAAAGCGGCAAGUUGACUACCAUGGGAGCUAUUUACAUUCUUUUGUUCCUUUUUUUUUUGGGGGGGGGGGGGGGGGGCUAGCCACAAAUUUAUUUCAUUUGCAGUAUUUCAGUUUAGGCAGAUUGAAAGUUUCAGGAUUAUUGUCCAACAUGGUCGUCUUUCAUUAAUAUGCCAAAUAUUUUACUUGUUGAAAGACCGCUACAUAAAAGUACCCCAAUACCAAAUGGUUACACUAUAUAUCAAUUUUUUUAUUUUAUUUUUUUAACUCGUGCAAGUGCUACUGCUUAUCUUACCAUGGUGGAGACCUUAGAUUUUUCCAAUUUAUUUUUACAUUCUUUUUGUUCCUUUUUUUUUAAAAACUUAAUAGUAAUUGAAAAAUAUGUAUAGUAAAUAAAAAUAUUAACUCUUAAAUGUGCAAGUAAUAGAAAGGUUUUCUUUUCUGAACGUCAUGUGAAGCCUAACACCCUGCACCUUGGACAAAAAGUCAAAUACCAAGGUGGUUGUCUCUUGUGGGCAAAAGGUGCACUUUAAAGUUAUAUAUUUUUUUUAUAUAUUUUUUUUUUU